GGAAAUAAUAACACAAAUAUUCUCUCACCAUUUUUCUUUUGGUUUGUUUGACUCAUGUUAUUUAUCCGUCUUGACCACAGAGGCAGAUGAGAAAACGUGGACGGUGUGUUAGCCUCACUCAAUGUCACAUUCAGCCGCGUUGACAGCUUGACAAUCAGUUGGUGUCGACAAAAACGAGUGACGUAGUUGGGAACGGUAACGCAGUAGCUCCAAAAUGACGGAACGCUCCUCGUUGUUGCUACGUAAACAAUUAGCAGAGCUCAACAAGAACCCCGUGGAGGGCUUCUCUGCCGGCCUCGUAGAUGACGAUGACAUCUAUCAGUGGGAAGUGGUGGUCAUUGGACCUCAAGACACGAUCUUUGAAGGAGGGUUCUUCAAAGCCACCUUAACGUUCCCACGUGACUACCCCCUGAGGCCCCCCAAGAUGAGGUUUGUCUCAGAAAUCUGGCAUCCAAACGUGGCAAAAAAUGGAGAUGUCUGCAUAUCCAUCCUGCAUGAACCUGGCGAGGACAAGUAUGGCUACGAGAAGCCUGAGGAGCGCUGGCUGCCAAUCCAUACAGUGGAGACCAUCAUGAUCAGUGUCAUCUCCAUGCUGGCCGAUCCAAAUGGAGACUCUCCUGCCAACGUAGACGCAGCCAAAGAGUGGCGGGAGGAUCCUAAAGGAGUUUUUAAGAAAAAGGUGGCGCGAUGUGUGCGGAGGAGUCAAGAGAUGGCUUAUGACUGAGGCCCUUACUCCAGCCAUCCCCUUCGAUUGGAACUGCAGAGGGGAUUUGACAACGGGUUACACUUUACUUGGCUAGAGGACCAUGGGGCCAUCAACUAGUCACCCCGACAAGAAAAAGAAAAGACUCGCAGGAAAAAGUACCAUAUUUCUUUACUAAUUUGUGUCUUGCAGUUUGAUAUUCAUGAAUUAUGCUGAAUAGCAGAGGCAUUUAUUCAGCCAAAAGUAACAUUUUCCACCAUCAUUACACCAGGCUCCUUCUGGUCCAGCAUUCACAUUUGACUCCUACUUUCUCUCAUGUACAUACAUUUUUAGGAGAAAUCUCCUUCGAUAAAUGCAUGAUUUUGUUAUUUAGUUUACAUUUAUAUUGACCUAUUUAUUUAGAGUGUGGCUGUUUUUAAGAUGCAAAUCAUCUGUAACAGAGUUUUUGUUUGUUCAUUUUCAACCUGCCACUCUGAGCCAUCCAGUGCACAGCAGUUUUAAUUGAAUAUGCAAUUUUGCAGUCCCACUGGCUCUCGUUUUACUGCACACCCUAAGUGUUUCUGCAGAGAAAAUGAUCCUUCUCUCCCCGAUGGGCAAACUCAUCAGCCAGCGCUGCCUUAACGUCGACUGCCAGCACAGGAAACGCAUCUUCAACAAGGACUGAAUCAAACAACUCAUGGACAAACCAAAGAGAAUACAGAUUCAAAAUAUAUAUACAUACAUAUGUAUAUAUAUUUUAAAGAACAUGCUCCCUUUUUACCUCUUAAAAUAUUGUCCUUGCUUUGAUAAACUGUCAAUGCGCCUUUGAACACUGCACGUGUACAGAGAAGUCACUCACCUUGCCUGUGAGAGGCGCGAUGUUGAUAUUGUACAGUAGCGCUUGAACGAGGCAUUUUUACAGAAGACAUUCUGACGCGUCACAGGAGAAUAUCAGAAUUAAGUGGCUUGAUUCCGUUUAGCUGCUCCAGUUUCAGGGUGCUUGUACAACGUACUCUUAACGUUUGCUUUGCACCUGAACAGAAUGUAGCCACUUUAUUACAAGUCAAAAUGUCUACAGUAGUAAUUGGCUAUACAAACAACACAAUGGUUUGCUGAUCAAGUGACAUAAUGGAGCUGUACAGUAAAAAAACUGCAAUUUGUAUGGGAACCAUUUGAACAGGUAUGCUGUGAAUGAUAGUAAUAAACCUUAUUGUGGACAUGC